UCAUAAAAUGAUAAAUGCACGAGGGAAGAGGUCCUCCAUUUGUAGACCUCAGUUUAGAUCAAAGAAACUCGCUAACAGAACACGCGCCAGAUUUGGAUCGGUCAGUUACAACAGCGUUUCACAGUUUCAAUUCAAAAGCUUGCAAAUUUCAAUCCCUCUUUAUAUCAAACAGACAAUCAAAAACAACUUCUCUCUAAUUUGAACCUUUCUAAUAAAAACAAGUACAUAUACAAAGACCCAGCAAAAAUACAGCAAUGGUGGAAAGUAAAACUCCAAGAAAACAUGUUCUUCUGUUAGCAUAUCAGAGUUUUGGGAUAGUGUUUGGUGACUUGAGCACUUCUCCUCUUUAUGUUUAUAAGUGUAUAUUUUCUGGGAGAUUGCGCCGUUAUCAAACUGAGGACACAGUAUUUGGAGCAGUUUCCUUAAUUUUUUGGACUUUGACAUUUUUUUCUCUGUUUAAAUAUGUUGUUUUGAUGUUGAGUGUGGAUGAUAAUGGCGAAGGAGGGAUUUUUGCCUUGUACUCGCUUCUCUGCAGACAUGCAAAAUUUUGUUUGCUUCCGAACCAACAAGUAGCAGAUGAGGAACUUUCUGCAUAUUAUAGUGAAGGUCACUCCAAUAGAAAUGUAGCUCCAUCUCAAUCCAAGAAAGUUGUUGAGAGACGCAAGAAAACGAAGACAGCUUUGCUUCUUGUUGUGUUGUUUGGUGCUAGCAUGGUUAUUGCCAUAGGUGUUCUCACACCUGCAAUUUCUGUCCUUUCAUCCAUUGAAGGGUUGCAACUUCAAGCCAACAAUUUGCAUCAUGGAAUGGUGGUUCUCAUUGCCUGCAUUGUAUUGAUUGGCCUUUUUGUUUUACAAUAUCGUGGCACGCACAGGGUUGCCUUCAUGUUUGCACCGAUUGUGAUUUUGUGGCUACUGUCUAUUGCCAUCAUUGGUGCCUACAAUAUCAUUCACUGGAAUACAAGAAUAUGGCAGGCUCUUUCUCCGUAUUAUAUCUACAAGUUCUUUAGGGACACUGGAAAAGAUGGCUGGAUUUCUCUAGGAGGGGUGCUUUUAUGUAUUACAGGAACUGAAGUUAUGUAUGCAGAACUUGGCCAGUUCACAGCUUCGUCACUAAGGGUUGCAUUAUUUUUUGUUGUGUACCCAUGUUUAGUGCUCCAAUACAUGGGACAAGCUGCAUAUGUUUCUAAAAAUCUUUCUGCAGUAUCCAUGAGUUUCUAUUCUUCAAUUCCAGAUUCAUUAUUCUGGACAGUUUUCGUGAUGGCAAUUUUAGCUACAAUUGUUGCUAGCCAAGCUGUAGUCUGCGCCACAUUCUCAAUUGUCAAACAAUGCCAGGCAUAUGGAUGUUUCCCUCGCAUCAAGAUUGUACACAAAGUAAAGUGGCUUGAUCGUCAGAUAUACAUCCCAGAGAUAAAUUGGAUCCUUAUGACUCUUUGUCUGGCUGUCAUAGUUGGCUCUCGAGACAUCAAUCGUAUAGGAAAUGCUUAUGGAAUUGCAUUGAUAACUUUGAUAUUCGUGACUACAUGUUUGAUGUCAUUGGUCGUCAACUUUGUAUGGCAUAGGAGUGCCACUGUUGCCCUUUCAGGCUUCUUAUUCUUUGGAAUAAUAGAGAUCAUAUUCAUCUCAUCUUCUAUUAUGAGAAUUCCUGAUGGCGGAUGGGUUCCUUUUCUGCUUUCUGCAGUCUCUACAUUCAUUAUGUUUGUUUGGCAUUAUGGUAGCAGGAAGAAGUAUUUAAAUGACCUCCAUAACAAAGUACACAUGAAAUGGAUUCUCAGUCUGGGUUCUGAUCUUGGUAUUAUAAGAGUUCCUGGGAUUGGCCUUAUUUACACUGAGUUAGCAAGCGGUAUCCCAGCUUCAUUUUCCCAUUUCUUGACCAACUUACCGGCAUUUUACCAGGUCAUUGUAUUUGUCUGUGCUAAGAUCGUUCCUGUUCCUUAUGUGCCCCAAAAGGAACGGUAUCUUAUUGGUCGGAUUGGCCCCAAAUCUUACAGGAUGUAUCGCUGCAUCAUUCGAAAUGGUUACAAAGAUGUUCAGGAGAAAGAAAAUGAAUAUGAUGUUGAGAAUGCACUUGUUAUGAGCAUAGCAGAGUUCAUACAACUGGAAGCUGAAGGAACUAGGAGCGUUGAUGGUUCUGUGGAUGGUCGGAUGGCAGUUGUGAGGACGUCAGAGAAGUUUGGGAAAAGAUUCAUAAUAUCAGAAUCUGAUGGUAAUGGAGAAAGCAGCAGUUCGAGUGUGGCAGCAAGCGUAAGUAGCAGUAGGUCACCUGCACUGCUGAAAUUACAAUCCAUUUACGAACAGGAGUCACCCCAACUCAGACAUAGGCGACGGAUCCAGUUAAAACUUUCCGAUACAAAAUACAAGGAUUCACAAGUAAAGGACGAGCUGUUGGGGCUUCUGGAAGCUAAGCAAGCUGGAAUAGCAUAUGUAAUAGGUCACUCGCAUAUUAAGGCAAAAUGGAGUUCGCCAUUCUUGAAGAGGCUUCUGAUAAAUAUCUUCUACUCUUUCUUGCGAAAAAACUGUCGUUCCCCUGCUGUCAUCUUGGAUAUUCCUCAUAUUUCUUUGAUUGAGGUGGGCAUGAACUACUCUUUAUAGAACAAUCUUCUGUGGAUAUGAACUACUUUUUAUAGAACAAUCCUCUGCGAAUCUGUCCUCCUGGGAUCUUUUUUUUCUGGCUGCAGAAGUUGCAUUUGGUUUCUAUUUUUUGGAAGUUGGACAGUUACUCUAGGGAAGAUGUUUUAGACUUGGAUUUGGUUGGUGGUGUUGGUGGAGGGACAAAGUUGUCCCUCCUUGCCAAAUAAUACAAGUCAAAAAAAUAAAAGAUACAUCAACAUUUUCUUCUAAUUAAUAGUAAAUCAUUGAGUUCA